AUGCAUACUAGUUUUAUAGAAGAUCAUUAUGUAUCGUAUUCUGAUAUGCAGCAACAGCAACAAAUCAUACAAGUAUCACAAAAUUUUCAAUCAUUACAACAAGACAAACGUAAAAAGAAAAGCCGUGGUAAUCGUAAGUUGCAACGAUAUCGUCGAAAACUUCGUAAACUAAAUCAGAACACAGAUUCAGUCAGUAAAGUAUCAAAUAUGGUCAUGGAUAAUGAUGUUCUUUCAAUAUCUGAUGAAGUCACAAACGAAACUGUAGUGGACCAUUCGACAAAUGUGAUAGAAAAGAAUGAAAUUGUUCAACAACAAGUCAUGGAUAAUAAAACGACUAUUGAAUUAAAUCAAGAUGUAUCAACAAAGAAAAAGAAAUCACAAAUGGUUACAAAUGAUUCAGCUGAUUAUAAGAAUAUAUCUGAUGAUAUCUUUAUUCAAAUAUUAUCAACUGCAUUUGCUAAUACAAAUAAACUUAAUCAGCUGAUGAAUCAAGAACAACAAAUCUUGUUUAUUCGUGAAUAUACAAAUUUAAUUGAUCGAUUGUAUUGUUUACAAUUACAACAAUCACAAUGGAACUAUUAUCAUCAUAUUGGUAUAACACAAAAUAUAUGGACAGGUCGUAUGGCGAAACAUUUAGCUGAAAAGACUUCCAUAUGUCAUGCAUAUGGUAGAUCGAAAACUCUUGUUGAACAACGACAAAAACAAAUCGAAAAGCAUCUUCAACAAGCACAAUAUGCUGUACAACAGUUUGAACAACACAUAAUUAUUAAAAUGGUUCAACAUAGUGGCUGUUCAUCUGAAAUGAAAGUUUUAUUUUCAGUUCUUCAAAAAUUUGUACAAGAUAAACAACGAUCAAUACAAUAUGACUAUGAAUAUAAAAGAGAGAUGUUAAUUCUCGAUGCAACUGAUCAUCAAUUACUAAAAGAGUUUUUCAAAGUCGAACCAAAUAAGUCACAAAUUCUCUCAGGAAGACGAAUAUGGCAAGCUACACAAAAACAAAUGAUGAUACUCGAAGAUAUUGUUCUGUUAGAAUAUCGUCUAACAUCAACACAAUUACAAUCAGCAUCUAACUUGAUCGAAAAUAUGAUUAGUGAUAUUGAUAAUCAUCUCAAACAAUCCUAUCAAACUGCUGAACAAUCCAAUGAAAUCAAGAAACUUCAAGAUCUAAAACAUGAUAUUAUUCAUCAAGCUGUUCUUACUAGUCGUCGAAUGGGAAAUGAUUUUAAUGCAAUUAUUGAAAAGGAGAAAAAGAAAUUUACAUUACAAAAUAGAUUUAUUCAAUCAACAGCACAAUGGCAAAACCUUGUGUUCGAUGCCAUUGAGAUACGACGACAACAUAUGAUAAAGCGUGCUAAUUUCAUUAUCAAACAUAAAUUGGCAACAUUUUCCAAUACAUCUAACGAUCGUAAUGAUAAUAUAUAA